GGUAAAGGGAACAUCGUACCAGCUGACUUUUGACAGUUACACAUUGGAUUUGUUUUAAAUGUUGAUGUUCAGCUAAUUGCGGGAUCUUUACUUUGUUUUUGUUUGUUUAAUUAUUCAAGUCAGUAAUGUACAAACGACCGCCGAGCAAAAAUGCAUUCCAGUACAAGGAGCCCAAGUCGAAAAUGCGAAAACUGAAUGUUUCACUCACGGGAGCAUCCAAUCAAAGCACACAAUCGAAUCCGUCAAAUGUUUUACAAUUACAAAAGCCAACAACAUCAACAUCGAUCAAUGACAAACCGAAUCCUACCAGCUCUUCGGGCAAUUCUAUUCGAAAACCGGAUGUUACGCAUCAAACACAACGGAACAAUGUGCCACCACCACCAGUACCACCGGCCAAAGAUGAAAAUUUGUGGGCUGAUGCGGACGACGAAUUCAUAUUGAUCGCCUCACAAAUGGUCGACAAUAUGGACAUGGAUGCAAUCAAUCAGCAGAUUAUCGUUCAAUCGAUGAACAUGAGCCAGAACAAUAUGGUCGAAAUUAAAAUGCCGAAUGAGGAGCAGGACGUUGUGAAAAAUCUACUGCAAUUUACGGAGGAAGACGAUCGAAUAUUUUCGGAAAUAAAUAAUUUCGAUGUCAUUGGCAAUCCAAACCUACGUGCUGGAACGCUGCCACAGGCCAACGAAAGGCCUGUAUCGCCGUCUGUGUUCAAGGUUCCAUCGGAAGUUCCACGUGAUAAGCGAGCACCGAUUCAGACGAGCACUCAAAUCGACAUGAAUUUCACAUUUCGACCGCAGGACCAACCGCAAUCCACUCAAUUUAGUCAAAACAUAGAAAUACCAAGGCCAAUGGAACCGACCGAAUCGCAGGCACAAAGUCAAAAUUUAAAAGUAAAAUUUCUCACCCAGAAGCAAGGAGAUCUGCAAAAGGAAAUCGAACAUUUGCAAUGCGAAAAUCAACGGAUAACCGAACUUUGCCAGACCAAAGACGGCGAGUCGUCUUUGCUUCGCAGUGAAAAUGAACGAUUGAAGAAUCAGUUUGAUAACAUACGUAAAGAGAAGUCAAACGAAAUAUCGAAGGUCCGGAACGAUUUGUCGAUGAAAAUGUCAGAGUUGGAGAAGACGAUCUUGGACUUAAAAUCACAAUUACAGUUCAAGGAAAUGUCAUCACUGCAUCAACAGAGCCGGAAGUCGAUUUGUUCUCAACAGUCUCAACAGUCGGUGGUGCGUCAAAAGUCGGAAACACUUUUACAUGAUUGGGAAAAGUUUAAGUUACCGACCAAGUCAUGCCUUCCAGUUCAAGCUGUCAGGCCAGUCGAUCCUCGAUUGUACAUUUCAUCGAAAUUGUCUGACUCGUACUGGGUGUCAAUGGACGAUAAAAAACAAUGGGAAUUCUUGAACGGACUUCAAUUGAUCCUUGCCGACCUUAUGUCAAACAAAGACUUAAACAGCAACAGUAUAUCCAAAAUGCUAGACGAGACGUUCAAUCUGGCAUUAUCCAGUGUGAACCAAAUGUAUGUGGCGUCCGAAAAAGACCACACCGACCCGAAGAAGAACGACGUUUCGUGCACUCACUCGGAUGUUGGUGAGUGGACGGACUAUUCCAUUGUUUCGGAAAACAAACUGUUCGAUCGAGAGGAAGCGUUUCUUUCGCGUAGAAUAUUGGUGUGUUUGGCAACAAUUUGCGAACGAUUUCCGCAGUUGUCAUCGAUGUUGUUUCAGCGCAGGGGCGGUGAUGAGACGAAAAGUGUAAUGGAGUUUUUAUCGAUAACGAUAAGGACCUUUAGCUAUUAUAAAAAUGUAGAGAGUUUUCAAGGUGUUAUUGAAAGCUCAUGCCAUUUGUUAACGAUCCUCGCCGACAACGACAAUAUUCUCAAUUCGCAGAGCGUUAUGGUCUUUGCCAACACUUUGCACAAUAUUCUGCUGUGCCGACCGGGAAUCGGAUCGCUGGAGAAAAUAUCGAAGUUUUUGGAAUUGAUGUCUUGUCGCCCGGAGAAUGAAGCCUUCCUGGACGCUCUGUGUUGCAGUCGAAAUACAUGCGACAUUGCCGAACCACAGGGAUAUAUAAAAUACACAGAGGAUUCGUGCACACUACAAAUAUACGCUUUACUCAUCCGGUUGCACAUCUUACCGCACGAAAAGAUAAAGUUUAGCAUCAAACAAUUGACCGUGAUCACUCAGUCGACGAUAUUGUUUAUGCGAUACUCGUUGCUUCAGUCGCCGAAGUGGUUGAUUACAGAUAAGCGUGGCAGUUGCUUAUGCAGGGCGAGAAUGUUUGGUGUAGUCGUCACUUUAUUGUACGUGUAUCUGCUGCAUUGGAUUGAAUAUCCUAAUGAGAUCGAUUCCAAUUCCGUUUCGACAGUGGCUAAAUUUGGGAUCGAGUUUUUGUACGAUAAUCUGGUGAAGCAUUAUGUAGACGAUCUACUGAACGCCGGUGGCACCAUUAUCAAAAAUCGGAUUCGUAUGGUCGUCGAAUGGUUAAAUUUGUACGACUUCAAGUUCAAAUCAGCACAUCAACAUGCCCUGCAGUCAGUCUGUCUCCAACGACUUGGACCCAUGGUCGAGUAUCUGCGAUACAACAAAAAUAUUACCAGCAAAUACUCUGCAGAAGCCGCUGAGGUGUACAAUAAUGUGGUCGAUACAUUUUUCGACGAGAUUGAUUAGUAUGUGAACCGGUAGAAUUAUGCAACCUCUUGAAAGUGAACUUGAAAAUAAUGCUGUGAUCGAAUUGAAUUUAUUUUUUCAGUUUCGCUUGAAUAAAAAUUGUUAAGAAAC